GCAGGAUUAAAAAAAAGAGUCAGACUCUCGAGCAUAGAGUUGAAGCAGGUGGUUAAAAGAGUCAGUGCAGAUAUGCUCUGCAAGUGAGUGGAGUGCGUUGAUCGGCUAAAGAGUGUGAGCAGCCUUUAAAAUAGAUUAGAUGCUCAAUUUUCAGCAAUGCAAAGUCUGUAGGUGGACCAUUUGAGCUUCGCUUCUUUGGCCGAUCCAGAAUGCUGAGAAGAGGAUGAAUCCUCCAGGUCAUCUGAGACAUCCACGUGUCUUUGCUGCUGUCCCUCCCCGACAGCCCUCUUGUCCCACUGGGGCACCAUCUGCCACCCCACGCUGCCCCCCUUGCCCCUACCCCUGCCCCCAGUAGUGGCCAUCACAGAGCAGAGGAAAGGCGAGCCAGCCCCUGUAAAUAUGCCUGGAUGGAGGUCUCAGUGGCGUCUUGUCCUGCUGAACUCCCUGACCUGUGGCCUGGAGAUCUGCGUGGCAGCUGGGAUCACAUACGUGCCCCCACUGCUUCUGGAGGCUGGAGUGGAGGAGCGCUACAUGACCAUGGUGCUAGGGAUUGGUCCAGUGCUCGGCCUGCUGUUCAUCCCUCUGAUUGGCUCAGCCAGUGACCACUGCAACAGCAGUUACGGCAGACGACGGCCGUUUAUCUGGCUGCUGUCUUCAGGAGUCCUUCUGGCACUAUUCAUCAUUCCCAACGCUGACGUUCUGGCCGCGCGCCUUUUCUGGGGUGGGCGCACCUUCCAGGUGGGCUUCCUUAUCCUUGGGGUGGGGCUCCUUGACUUUUGUGGACAGGUGUGCUUCACCCCACUGGAGGCUCUUCUGUCGGACCUGUAUCGGGACGAGGAGGACUGCAGCCAAGCCUUCGCCAUGUUCUCCUUCAUGGUCAGCCUGGGAGGCUGCGUCGGCUAUCUGCUCCCAGCGCUGGACUGGAGUCGCAGCCUGCUCUCCGUUUACCUAGGAGGCCAGGCCGAGUGCCUCUUCUCCCUGCUCAUCCUCAUCUUCAUCACCAGUGUGCUCAUCACCAUGAAGGUGUCCGAGGAGCCCUUGUGUGCCAGCAGCGGCAUGGCGGGCUCUGGAUCUUUACUGGAGUCGGGAGCCGUGGCGAUAGAGGCCGGCCGAUACGGUGUGCCGCGCUCAUGCUGCUACCUGCUGAAGUGCAAGCUGAGGCUGCUGAAGUCGGGACCCUUGCUGUGCCUGUUGAGGACGUGCUGGUCCAUGACCCCGGCCAUCUACAGGAGCUACUGCCACGUCCCGCGCGUUAUGAGGCAGCUGUGUGUGGCUCAGCUCUGCAGCUGGAUGGCUGUCAUGUCUUUUAUGCUUUUCUACACAGACUUUGUGGGGGAAGGCCUGUACGAGGGCGUGCCCAGCGCAUUACCAGGAAGUGUGUCCAAGCAAAGAUACGAUGAAGGUAUCCGUAUGGGCAGUCUGGGCCUGUUCCUGCAGUGUGCUACCUCAACCUUCUUCUCCCUGGUCAUGAGUCGUUUGGUUCGCCAUUUUGGCUCGCGGUGGGUCUACAUGAGCAGUAUGGUGAGCUUCACGGUCUCUGCUUUGGUCAUCUGCCUGUCCAAAAGUGUGGUCUUGGUCACUGUAAUGGCGUCCCUCACUGGCUACGCGUACGCCACACUGCAGACUCUGCCCUACACACUCACCUGCCACUACCACAAGGACAAAGAGGUCUAUAUGCCAAAAAGGAAAACCAAAAGCGUGCAUAAAAAUGGUAUUACAACCAAGCGGGACACUGUGUAUUUGACUCCUGUGGAAGAGGAGGGCGGAGUGAACCACAAAACGGGGACUCCCUACGGGCAUGCCUUCUUAAGCCAGGACAGUCAUGAGUACUACCCGGGUCCACACAGCCAGAACGGCUCAUCUCACAGCUCCGGUGGCACCGAACAGGACGAAGCUGAUUCGGGGUAUGAGAAACGUGGUGUUGGUUUGGACUUUGCCAUCUUAGACAGCACCUUCCUACUAUCUCAGGUUUUCCCCACCCUCUUCAUGGGCAUGAUCGUUCAGUUCGCACAGUCCGUCACUGCCUAUAUUGCCUGCUCGGCCAUCUUUGGGGCUGUCGCCAUCUACUUAGCCAGUCAAAUCAUCUUUGACCAAAAGGACCUCAAAAGCUAAGAAAAAAUGUGGAAAGCGUUGGAAUCACAAAGAAUCUAUCAAUCAUUCAGGUUCUAUGGGCGGAACUCAACAAUGCACUACUGUUUCCAGAAUGCCUUGCUCUAGUACUGUGGCUUUGCAAAUUUUGAAAGCUCUGCGUUAGGGAAGUGUGUGUGAGGUUAUGAGAUAAAGUGGUUAACGAAAGAAAAUGAAACGAUGGAAGGAUGCGUGUUAUCUGCCAAUGAUGUGCAGUUUCCUAGUUAGGCUGCAUUCACACCAAGUCAAGUGUUGCGGUGAAAACGCCAGUCCUCCCAUUACUUUGAAUGUGGGUGGUGCGUUUAUUCUGUGGCGGUGGGGACCGCAGGGGAUG